CGUGUCAAAGAUGGCGACGCCCAUUUAAAAUAAAAGAGGACGUGGGGUUUGUUUUCCUAUUUACUAUGUUAUUAUAACGAUAAUUUUUAUAUAAAAAUCGUCUUAAUGAAUAACUGAUCUUCUGGAAACGUAAUUUAAUAAUGGAUGAAGACAAAGAUUUGCCUUUAGUAUCUAACGUUAACGAUAUAUUGGUAGAGCAUUAUCAGUUUAGUUGGACAUGUGACUUCGAUCGUAAAGUUUUGGAAGGUCACGUGAUACUACGUCUGAAACCAGUUACAGAAAGCUGCGAGAAAUGUAUUAAAGAUAGUGAUGCAGAAUGCAGAGAACCGGCAGGAAACUGUGAAAUGACAUUACCUACAGAAAUCGACAUUGAAGAGUCUGUCUGUGGUAAAAAUAUAUCAAAAUCACAAGAUUCUGAUGUAUUUAAGUGCAUUUUAGACUGUCAAGAUAUAAAUGUUCGUCAAGUAACAGGGAUACAGAAUUGCACUUCAAACAUUAGCAAAGAAUCAAACUAUAAAGAUGAGGAAUACUUAAACUUCUAUACAGAUAAAUGGUCCCUUCAGAUUUGGAAGAAUGAAGUAUUUUGUGCUCAUAAUUUUCCCACUUUAAUUAAAAUAUCUUACAGUACUCAGCCGAAUGGACUGUCAUUACUAUGGGUCAAGACUCAAGACGGACGUAAUUGUGUGUAUACUUAUGGAGCCUGGAUCAAUAACAGGUCUAUUUUUCCAUGUCAGGAACCUCCGAUGGCAAUGGCGACUUGGGAAGCUUGCUUAUCAGUCGAUGCAGAUGCCAUAGUAUUAAUGAGUGGCGAUGCCAUUCCUACAAUAACUCAAGAGGACAAUGGAUUGAAAAGUUAUUAUUAUUAUACUAAGAUGAUUUUGCCAAUGUCUACCUUGGCACUAGCAGUUGGAUAUUGGAAAGAGCAUAUAAUAUUGGAUUUGAAGCCACUCUGCCGAAUUUUUGCUCCUGACAUCUUGUUUGAGAAAGCUGUGAAACAAUUUUCCAAUUAUCUACCUCAUUGCUUAAAUUCUGCUGAGCAUUAUUUGGAUCGGUAUCCAUUCCCGAGAAUCGACGUUCUUUUUGUUCCAAGAGGAUUUGGAAGCUUAGGGAUGGCAAGUCCAAACAUAAUAUUUCUCUCGCAAUCACUCCUUGCACCUGAUGAAAGUACCUGUGCCAGACUGGCUCACGAAAUUGCCCACGGAUGGUUUGGACUCCUCAUAGGAGCCUUGGACUGGACAGAAGAAUGGUUAAGUGAAGGAUUUGCCACUUUUAUGGAGGAUAUUUUUCACACACAUGCUAUGGAUAUGACAUCUGAAGCAGAAAAUGAAUACUGUGAGGUCAAGUACACGUUACGGCUUAAAACGCUACAAGCCGAAUUAGAACACACAGAUAAAGAUCUACAAAUCUUAAGACCGAAUCAAGGCAAAAUUCCAAAGGAAGAUAAAAAUGGCAUAACUAUCUCAUACAUUAAGAAUGGACAGAACGUUCAGAAGGGUUUCAUGCAAGUUCACUAUCUAAAGGGAUAUUUUCUUCUAUCAUAUCUUUGUAAAUUAAUCGGAAAGGAUCAGUUUAUACAACUCCUUAAAGAUUAUAUAGAGAAUUAUAAAGGACAAUUGGUUGAGUCCAAGGAGAUAUUUAAUUUAUAUUUUACCAAAUUCCCCUUUGCCAGAAACAGUAUUGAUGUAGAAACGAUAUAUACCAAGUGGCUAAACUGUUCCAGUUUACCAAAAGAAAUAUUAAAUUUUACACCAUCACCAAACAAUCUUCUAUAUAAUGUAUCCAUAAGUGAGUUUAAUAAAUGGAUGGCAGUAAAUAGGUUAUAUUUAAAGACAAAAUCAAGCAAGAGGAGGAAAGUGAGCUGGGAUGAAUUUUCUAUGUUACAGUCCGACCAACUCUUAAUUGUUCUGGAGAAGAUUUUAGAUGAGGAGAAUGUAUCCCCAGACUUGUUUAUGGCAUUAGAUCGCAUAUAUAACUUGAAGAAGAGAAAUGCAGAUGUGAGACACAGGUGGUGCGAACUCAUAGUUAAAUAUCAUUUGGAUUGGGGUUACUCACAAGUCGAGCAAUUUUUACAAGAGGACUUGGCUAUGGGGGUAUAUUUGUAUGGCGAACUUUUAAAUUCUAGUUUAACUGCCGAAGAACGACUGGCAAGAAAAUGUUUUCGUGAUCUGUAUAACGAAAUGGAACCAAAUUAUCAAAUUAUAAUUCAAAAUAUGAUAGAAGAUAUAGACUCAUAGUUCAAGAUUCAUCACUGCCAAUAUUUAUAUAUUAAAAUUGUAUAUGUUUAUACAACUUUCACAUAAUUUUUAUAUUAUACAUUUUACUUAAACAUGCAUUAAUGUAAGACAGGGUGAAAUAAAAUAAAUUGAACUACUUUAAAUUAUAAACAGCAAAAGGUACAUUUUAAAUUGGUUAAAACAGAUAUAAAGUAUGGAGCUUUCUAAGACAAGAAAAUCCAUAUUUUUUUUUUAUCUCUAACACCCAAUCUGGGUAUUUUUCUGGAUCAACUGCUAUAUAUACCACAUAUAAAACAAUAUUCUGGUAUUGUGCAACAGUUGAUCCAGAACAAUACCCAAGGUAUUAGUGUACUGUACAUACGACAGUGUAAGAUUCUAGUUUUACUAUUAUUAUACAAUACAGUAGAGCGUUGAUUUUCCGAAAGUCAAUUAUCCGAAAGAAUUCCA